AUGAGCCCAUGCAAGGCUCUCUGGGUUUUCGCCUUGAUUGUAUGCCUUUGCAAUGCAUUGCCUUCAGUACCAAUAGCUACUGAUCCGAUCCUCACAACUGAAACUGUUCCGACCGUUUUACCCUCUUUAGUUACCAUUUAUUCUGUUGUCCCCGCUACCGACGAUCCCAAUGCAAUAGCAACAGUUACUACCACAGUCAAUGGAAGAGAGACAAUCUUGACCACCGCUGGCGGAGUGAUCGCUGGGUCGGCGACAAGUACAAUCAUUUCAACUCUUUCCUUAACAACAAGUCAAGUUGUCGUCAACACUGUUGGGUACUCCACAGUUUUUGGACCGGACCCAACUACACCAACAACCGAUCCUAUUGUUGCACCUGCCGCAACUACAAGCACACCAGUCACAGCUCCAACCACGCCAUCUGUAACAUCUAAUGGAGCUUUGACCACAUUGACAGGGCCUUCUGUCACCUCUAGCAUUGGCGAUACUACUGUCAGCCUUGGAAGCUUGACAUCGACCUCUGCAAAACCUUCGCCCGCAUCACCCACAGCUGUUGGGGCCAGUGGUUCAACCUCAUCUUCGCCCAAAGGACUCUCCACCGGCGCCAAGGUUGGUAUCGGCAUUGGUGUUGCCGUCGGAGUUAUCUUGUUGGCUCUCCUUUCGUUCUUCCUUGGCCAGCGCUACUCAAGACGUCGCAACGGCUACGCCAGUAAUACCGACAAUGAUCCGAACGCAGUUGCUGCGGAGGAAAAGGACACAUUCCAAGCCGGUCAUCCGUACGAACUUACCGGCUCAAAACACCAUCCCUCCGACAUCUCGACCGGGAAAGGCCAUCAGUAUUCAAGGACGACCACAGAAGUGGGAAGCGGCACGGAGUCUAUGAGUGGUAAAUCCUAUGACAUGACCACUUCUGGUUCUCCCACAAAUCACAAUGAAACUGAAGAGCUCUCGGCCCUUCCACAACUCAGAGAUGACGGGCCAAUGUAUAUUGGCGUGCCCUCGCACAUGUCAGGAUCAAAACGGUGGAGUAUGAAAGAGUAUGAGAAGUAA